AUGGCGGGCCCUGAGCCCGGCAGGAGCGGGACAGGAGGCGGCUGCCCGGGCAGGACGGCUCCCGGGAAAAGCCCCGAGGCUCCGGUGGCACGGGCGGGCUCGGCUGGGGAAGGGGCGGGCGGUGGGAGGACUGGCAGCCCCCUCCCACCGUACCCGGGGCUCCCGAGGGUGGCACUGGGUGAUGGGGGACUCCCGAGGGUGGCACUGGGUGUGCAGGGGGUCCCACGGGUGUCACUGGGUGUUGAGGGGCCGCGGCUCCCGCUGGUGCCGGCGCAUUCCCCGGCACAGCCGGGAGCGAAACUGGCGGAGCUGCGGCGGCUGCGGCUCCCGGGAGCGCUGCCCGCGCCGGGAGAGAGCGUGGCCCCGGGGAGGGCGGCAGGUGCCAACACCUCCGCCAGGAAUCUUCCUGCCCUCAUGGGCAGAGCCGAUUACUCAAAGUUUCCGACGGGGCUGGCGCCUGGUGACGGAAGGGAGCGGAGCCCUUCCCCCGCCGCCCCCUGCCCGGGCAGGGCCGGGGGGCGACACCGCGACCCCCCGAUUGCCCGGCGGCUUUCGAGCUCCCGCAGUUACGGGUGGCAAUGCCCGAAUUCCAUCGGCGCUCCGGUGAGUCCUGAGAGCAGCGGGAGGAUGGAGAGCAAGCCAGCAGUGAACGGCCACGCCGUUCCCGGCUCUCCCGGGGAAGACAUGUCAGGGACAAAGCGCUUGUGCCAGGACACGACGCAGUGCAAACAGCAAAAAGCAGCUGGCAAGGAUGUGGCUGCACCCAGGGAGCCCUCAGAGACAGCUGGCAGCAUCGCAGGCGUGUAUGUGGAGUCUUCAAAGAGGAUAAUGAGCUUUUAUGAGGCCACUCGAGAGCAUCUGCUGGGCCUGGAUCUGGCGCUCUGCCUCCUGGAGGCACAGGCAGCCACGGGCUCCAUCUCGGACCCGGCGAGGAGGCGCCGAGUCCCCGUGGCAGAGGCCGUGCGGACGGGGCUGGUGGGGCUGGAGCUCAAGGAGAGGCUGCUCUCGGCAGACAGAGCUGCCACCGGCUUCGUGGACCCCUACACGGAGGAGAAGAUCUCGCUGUACCAGGCGAUCCAGAAGGAGCUGGUGGGCAGGGAGCAGGGCAUUCGCCUGCUCCAGGCCCAGGUGGCCACCGGAGGUGUCAUCGACCCGGCCACCGGCGGCCGGCUCCCGGCAGACGUGGCCUGUGAGAGGGGAUAUCUGGAUGAAGAGAUGAGCCAGCUCCUCUCUGACCCCAGCAACGAGGACGGCAAAGCGUUCCUCGACCCCAGCACGAUGGAGAGGGUCACUUACUCGGAGCUUAGGAAGAGGUGCGUGGUGGAUCCAGCCUCAGGCUUCCUCCUGCUGCCGCUGCAGAUCACGUUCCCGGGCCUGGGAGGGCGGGUGAGCAGCAGGGACCUGAUGGACUCUGGCAUCAUCAGCUCCGACGUGUUCCGAGGCCUUGAGGAGGGGACAGUCUCUGCCCAGGAGGUGGCAGAGAACGACAUCGUCCAGCACUUCCUGCGUGGGACGAGGAGCGUGGCUGGCGUUGUCCUGCCCUCCGGGGAGCAGAGGAGCCUUUACCAGGCACUGAGGGAGCACCUCCUUGUGCCUGGUGCUGCUCUCACCCUCCUGCAAGUCCAGGCCGCCACCGGCAGCCUGACAGACCCCCUGAAGAACAAAAGCUACUCCGUGGAUGAGGCUGUCAGGGCUGGCCUCAUCGGCCCAGAGCUGUAUGAGAAACUGUCCUCAGCAGAGAAAAGCAUCACUGGGUACAGGGACCCCUCCAGUGGAGAAAUGCUCUCCCUGUUCCAAGCCAUCAGGAAGGGCUUUGUCCCCAGGGACCACGGCCUCUGCCUCCUGGAGGCUCAGGUGGCCACGGGGGGUGUCAUUGCUCCAGGCAGGCACCUGCGUGUCCCCACGGAGACCGCCUGCGAGUGGGGGUGCCUGGACGAGCCCACCAGGCAGCUCCUCUCCAGCCCUCCCGAUGACCUGAAGGGGUUCUUCCACCCCGGCUCCAAGGAGAAGCUGAGCUACGCUGAGCUGCUGCAGCGCUGCGUCACCGACCCCAGGACGGGGCUGCUGCUGCUGCCGCUCCCUGGGGACGGCGGGGAGGGAUCCCUCAGAGCACUCGGCUUCUUCGACCACAGGGCCCAGACAGCUCUGGAGAACACAGAGGUACCCGUGGCUGUGGGGAGAUUCAAGGGCAAGCCGGCGUCUCUCUGGAAACUGCUCUUCUCUGACUACAUGGAGGGUGAGCAAAGAGCGGUGCUGGCCCAGCAGUUCCUGGCAGGAUCGCUCUCCCUGCAAGGACUGGCAGAGGCCGUCAGAGCCGCCGUCGAGGAAAAGGCUGCCAAUGCCAAUGUCACCUUCGAGGGCCUGAGGGACCAGGUGACGGCUGACCAGCUCCUGAGCUCGGAAAUUAUCAACCAAGACUUGUUCAAGAAGCUCAAGGAGGGAGAAACGUCGGCCAAGGAGGUCGUCGGCAUGGACACGGUCAGGAAGUACCUGCAGGGCACGGGGAGCAUCGGGGGGCUGCUGCUCCCUGACUCCCAGGAGAAGAUCAGCAUCUACCAGGCAAAGAGGAAGGGGCUCCUGAGGCCGGGAACGUCUCUGAUCCUCCUGGAGGCGCAGGCUGCCACGGGGUUUGUCAUCGACCCAGCUGCCAACAAGAGGUACUCCGUGGACGAGGCUCUGCGAGCGAAUGUCAUCGGCCCCGAUGUCUAUGACAAGCUGCUGGCCGCGGAGAAAUCGGUCACCGGCUACAGAGAUCCCUACACGGGCGACAAGAUCUCCCUGUUCCAGGCCAUGCAGAAGGAGCUGAUCGUCAGGGACCACGGCAUCCGCCUGCUGGAGGCCCAGAUCGCCACCGGCGGCAUCAUCGACCCCGUGCACAGCCACCGCAUCCCCGUGGAGGUGGCCUACAAGCGUGGCUACUUUGACAAGAAGAUGAAUUUAAUCCUCUCCGACCCCAGCGACGACACCAAGGGCUUCUUCGACCCCAACACGCACGAGAACCUGACCUACCUGCAGCUGAAGGAGAAGUGCAUCACCGAACCCUCCACGGGGCUCUGCCUGCUCCCGCUGAACAGCAGGAAGCGGCAGUUCGUCGAUGAGGCCACCAGGCAGGCGUUCAGGGGCUCCUGGCUGCCCGUCAGGUUCGGGCGCUUGCGGGGGGAGAAGGUCUCUGUGUGGGACCUGCUGAACUCCGAGUACUUCAGCGAGGGGAGGCGCCGUGAGAUUUUCAACCACUUCCAGCUGAGGAAGCUCAGCCUGGAGCAGAUCCGGCUCAUGCUGGAGGAGGAAAUGAAGAAGUGGGCCCCCAUCAAGUUCCCGGCCAUGAGAGGCAACGUCAGCGCCUAUCACCUGAUGGAAACCGGCGUCAUCGACAGGGCCCUGUUCGAGCGGGUGCUGGAGGGAUCCGUCACCCCCGAGCAAGUCCUGCGCAUGGACUCUGUCAGGAAGUACCUCUACGGCUCAGGCAGCAUCGGGGGGAUCGUGCUGCAGCCCUCCAACCAGAGAAUGAGCAUUUACGAGGCCAUGAAGCAGAACAUCAUGGUGCCGGGGGUAGCCCUGCCCCUGCUGGAGGCCCAGGCUGCCACGGGCUUCAUCAUCGACCCCGUGAACAACCAGAAGCUCCGCGUGGAUGAGGCGGUCAAGGAGGGCGUCAUUGGGCCAGACGUGCACGAGAAGCUGCAGCACGCGGAAGGGGCCGUGACGGGCUACAAAGACCCUUUCACGGGCAAGAAGAUCCCCCUGUUCCAGGCCAUGAAGAAGGGCCUGAUCGCCGACAAGCAGGCCAUGCAGCUCAUGGAGGUGCAGAUGGCCACGGGAGGCAUCAUCGACCCGGCGUGUGGCCACCACAUCCCCCUGGAGUCGGCCCGGCUGCGGGGCUGCCUGGAUGAGGACACCAGCAAGGCCCUUUCCAAGCCCAGCGAUGAGCACAGAGUCUUCUGCCUCCCGGACAGCAAAGAGAGCGUGACCUACGCUGAGCUCAUCCAGCACUGCCACAAGGACGACGCCUCCGGCUUCCACUUGCUGCCUCUGGCACGGGCAGCUGCUCCAGCCUACACCGAUGAGCAGAUCCAACGCCUUUUCAAGGAAACCACGGUGAAGGAGAAAGGAGUCUCCCUCUGGGAGCUCCUGCACUCGGGGUACUUCACUGAGGAGCAGAGGAGCAGCUUCACGGAGAGGUUCCGCUCAGAGGAGCUGUCGCUGGAGCAGCUGGUUGCUCUUGUGCUCAGGCUGGUGGGGGAGAUGGAGAUGAAAGCCAGGACCCAGAUCUCCCUGGAGGGCCUGAGGGGCAGUGUCCCCGUGGUCUGGCUGCUGGACACGGGCAUCAUUUCCGAGAAGACGUUUGAAGAGCUGGCUCAGGGUGUGAGAACUCCCGAAGAAGUGGCUGCAAUGGAGAGCGUCAAGAGGUACUUGAAGGGCACAGGCAGCAUCGCUGGGGUCUUCAUAGAGGCCUCCAAGCAGAAGAUGAGCUUCUAUGACACCAUGAAAAACAAUCUCCUCCUCCCUGGGGCUGCUCUGAGGCUGCUGGAGGCCCAGGCAGCCACAGGAUACCUGACUGACCCCGCAACAAACCGCAGGCUCAGCGUGAGGGACGCCGUGAGAGCGGCGGUUGUUGGGGAAGAGCUCACCGAGAAACUCCUCCUGGCUGAGAGGGCUGUGACGGGCUACACAGACCCCUACACCGGGAGCUCCAUCUCCCUGUGCCAAGCGCUCAGGAAAGAGCUCAUCCCCCUGGCAGAGGCCGUGCCCCUGCUGGAGGCCCAGCUGGCCACGGGAGGGGUCGUUGAUCCCGUCCACCACCUCCACCUGCCGCUCCAGGCUGCCUGCAGGUACGGCUUCUACGACGAGGAGCUGAGCCAAACCCUCUCUCGGCUGGAUGACAGCACCAAGGUCUUUUUUGACCCAAACACCAAGGAGAACGUGACCUACCAGCAGCUGAAGGAGCGGUGCAUCCGUGAGGCCGAGUCGGGCCUGUGGCUCCUGCCUCUGUCAGAAAACGCAAUGUUCUGUGUGGACGAGCAGACCAUGAAGGUGCUGAAAUCUGUGACCGUUUGUGUCAACGUGGGGCGGUUCAAAGGACAGACCGUGUCUGUCUGGGACCUCCUCAACUCCGAAUACUUCUCGGACAGCAAGAGAAGAGAGCUGGUGCAGAUGUACAAAGACGAGAAGGCCGAAGUGCUGCAGGAAAUCACGACGGUUAUCACCACAAUCAUCCAAGAGACUGAGGCACAGGGCAAGAAGUUUGCGUUCAAGGGCCUGCGGAAAAGAGUGUCCGCCAGCGACCUCUUCCAGUCCCAGCUGAUCGACAAAAAAACCCUCGACGAGCUCAACCAGGGGAAGAAAACGGUCAAAGAAGUCACCGAAAUGGAGUCUGUCCGCAGGUACCUGGAGGGCAGUAAUUUCAUAGCGGGGGUCCUCAUACAGCCAAGCAAUGAGAAGAUGAGCAUCUACCAGGCCAUGUGGAAGGGCAUCCUGAGGCCAGGGACCGCCCUGGUGCUGCUGGAGGCACAGGCGGCCACCGGCUACAUCAUCGACCCUGAGAAAAACAAGAAGUUUUCAGUGGAGGAAGCACUGGAGGUGGGCCUGAUUGGAGGGGAGGUUUUUGAGAAGCUGCUCUGUGCGGAGAGAGCCGUGACAGGCUACACCGACCCCUACACCAAAGCCCCAAUGUCCCUGUUCGAAGCCAUGAACCAAGGGCUGAUUGUGAAGAGCCACGGCAUCCGCCUGCUGGAGGCCCAGAUCGCCACCGGCGGCAUCAUCGACCCCGUGCACAGCCACCGUGUCCCCGUGGAGGUGGCCUACAAGCGCGGCUACUUCGACCAGGAGAUGAACCAGAUCCUCUCCGACCCCACUGAUGACACCAAGGGCUUCUUCGACCCCAACACGCACGAGAACCUGACGUACAUGCAGCUCCUGGAUAGAUGUGUCCAGGACCCGGAGACUGGGUUGUACAUGCUGCAAGUUGUAAAGGAGGGAGGGAAGUACUUCUACAUCGAUGAGUCCACAAAACAGGCCUUGCGCUCAAAGCCUCUUCGAGUGACAGUUGGGAAGUUUAAGGACCAAACAGUUUCUGUCUGGGAAGUCCUCUGCUCUCACUACAUCUCAGAGCAGAAAAGGAAAGAGCUGGUGAUGCAGUACAAAAGCAAAACCCUAACGCUGGAAGACCUGAUAUCCCUCAUCUUAAAAAUCAUCAAGGACACGGAGCGAAGAGGAGAAGCCCUCAAGGUCAAAGGGCUGCGGGGGGAGGUGUCGGUGUCAGAAUUGUUCAACUCUGAGAUAAUCGACAAGAAAACUCUGGAUCAGCUGCAGGAUGGGAGUCUCACACUUGCCAGCCUCACAAAGAGGGACACCAUCCAAAGGUACCUGGAUGGCACCGGGUGCAUCGCUGGGGUUCUCCUCCCGUUGAAGAAAGAGAUGAUGAGCAUCUACCAGGCUCUGAAGAAAGGUCUUCUCACAGAGCAAUGUGCCCUGGGGCUGCUGGAGGCACAGGCAGCCACCGGCUUCCUCCUGGACCCCCGGAGCAACCAGAAGCUCUCCGUGGACGAGGCCAUCUCGUCCGGGCUGGUGGGCAGCGAGCUGCGCGAGCAGCUGCUGUCGGCAGAGAGAGCCGUGACGGGAUACGCAGAUCCACAAACAGGAGGUAAAAUCUCUCUCUUCCAGGCUGUGAGGCAGAAGAUCAUAGCCAGGGAUCGCGGCAUCCGCCUGCUCGAGGCCCAGCUUGCCACUGGUGGCAUCAUCGACCCCGGGCACGGCCACCGCCUGCCAGUGGAGGUGGCCUACAAGCGCGGGCACCUGGACGAGGACAUGUUCCUCCUGCUCUCGGAUCCAGACCACGGCAGCAAAGGCUUCAUAGACCCAAACACUCACGAGAAGAUCAGUUACAGCCAGCUCCUGCAGAGGUGUGCCCAAGACAGGGAGAGCGGCUGGUACCUGCUGCAGGUCCUGGAAAAGGAGGGCGAUUAUUUCUACAUUGAUGAGCAAACCAAAAAUGCCCUGUUGUGCACCAAGGUCCAGGUGCCUGUGGGAAAAUACAAGGGACAAGUGCUAUCGCUGUGGGAACUUCUCUGCUCCGAGUACAUCACAGAGGAGAAGAGAAAAGAGCUGGUGAAAAAAUACAAAGCGGAAUCCCAACACGUCGUGCAAGGACUCAUUGAGACGAUACUGAAGAUCAUUAGAGAAAAAGAGGAGGACAGAAGUGAUGUCUGGUUCCAGGGAAUCCGACAGCAAAUUACAGCAGCAGAACUGCUCAGUGCACAGAUAAUUACAGAGGAAACUGUAGAAAAACUCCAGGAAGGCAAAAAGACGGCACAAGAAAUAGCACAAAUAGAAAGUGUGAGGAGGUACCUUGAGGGAACUGGAAGCAUCGCCGGCGUGCUGGUGCCCUCCAAGGCCCAGCCCGGCAAGCUGGAGAAGAUGAGCAUCUACCAGGCCAUGUGGAAGGGCAUCCUGAGGCAGGGCACGGCGCUGGUGCUGCUGGAGGCGCAGGCGGCCACCGGCUUCCUGGUGGACCCGGUGAAGAACCAGAAGCUCUCUGUGGACGAGGCGGUGUCCUCUGGGCUGGUGGGCAGCGAAUUAAAAAACAAACUUCUCAGUGCUGAGAGAGCUGUGACGGGAUACACGCACCCCUACACGGGACAAAAGAUGUCCCUGUUCCAGGCCAUGAAGCAGGAGCUGAUCGUCAGGGACCACGGCAUCCGCCUGCUGGAGGCCCAGAUCGCCACCGGCGGCAUCAUCGACCCCGUGCACAGCCACCGCCUGCCCGUGGAGGUGGCCUACAAGCGCGGCUACUUCGACCAGGAGAUGAACCAGAUCCUGUCCGACCCCGGCGAUGACACCAAGGGCUUCUUCGACCCCAACACGCACGAGAACCUGACCUACCUGCAGCUGCUGCGGCGCUGCGUGCCCGACCCCGAGACGGGGCUGCUGAUGCUGCAGCUGAUGGACAAGGGCUCCGUGCUCUACCAGCUGAGCGAGGACGCCCGCAGAGCCCUGCAGGCCGCCCGCACCACGCUGGCCGUGGGGCUCUUCCAGGGCCAGAGCGUCACCGUCUGGGAGCUGCUCUUCUCCCGCUACGUCCCCGAGCACCGGCGCCAGGACCUCCUGCGCCAGUACAAGGCGGGCACGGUCACCAUUGCAGAGAUGAUCGAGCUCCUCACGGCCAUUGUCACCAGGGCCGAGGCCCAGGCCCAGGGCGCCAGCGGGGCCCCCACGUCCCCAGCCAGGGAGGCCCUGCCCAAAGCCCUUGAGAACGGCAGUGCCUCCAAGUCCCAGCAGGAACGGGAAGAGAAGCGGGACCAGGAGCGGGCCCUGGAGCAGGAGCUGGAGCGCUCCCUCAAGUCCCACACGGUGGAGGUGGCGGCAGGCGGCUUCCACGGCAGGAAGGUGUCCCUGUGGGAGCUGCUCUUCUCCAAGUUUGUGUCCCAGGCCAAGCGUGGGGAGCUGCUGGGGCAGCUGCGGGCCGGGAGCCUGGCGCUGCCCGAGCUGGCCACGCUGCUGAGCCUGCUGGUGGAGGAGGCGGCGCAGCGCAGCAGCAGCGUGAAAUUCGCGGGCCUGAGGAGGCAGGUGAGCGCCUCGGACCUGCUGGACUCGGGCAUCAUCGACACGGGCACGCUGGCCGAGCUGGUGCAGGGCGCCAGGACGGUGCAGGAGGUGACGCAGAUGGCCUCGGUCAAGCGCUACCUGGACGGCACGGGCGUCAUCGCCGGCGUGCUGGUGCCCUCCAAGGCCGAGCCCGGCAAGCUGGAGAAGAUGAGCAUCUACCAGGCCAUGUGGAAGGGCAUCCUGAGGCAGGGCACGGCGCUGGUGCUGCUGGAGGCGCAGGCGGCCACCGGCUUCCUGGUGGACCCGGUGAAGAACCAGAAGCUCUCUGUGGACGAGGCGGUGUCCUGCGGGCUGGUGGGCACCGAGCUGCAGGAGAAGCUGCUGUCGGCCGAGCGGGCCGUGACGGGCUACUCAGACCCCUACACGGGCGACAAGAUCUCCCUGUUCCAGGCCAUGAAGAAGGAGCUGAUCGUCAGGGACCACGGCAUCCGCCUGCUGGAGGCCCAGAUUGCCACCGGCGGCAUCAUCGACCCCGUGCACAGCCACCGCCUGCCCGUGGAGGUGGCCUACAAGCGCGGCUACUUCGACCAGGAGAUGAACCAGAUCCUGUCCGACCCCGGCGACGACACCAAGGGCUUCUUCGACCCCAACACUCACGAGAACCUGACCUACCUGCAGCUGCUGCGGCGCUGCGUGCCCGACCCCGAGACAGGGCUGCUGAUGCUGCAGCUGAUGGACAAGGGCUCCGUGCUCUACCAGCUGAGCGAGGACGCCCGCAGAGCCCUGCAGGCCGCCCGCACCACGCUGGCCGUGGGGCUCUUCCAGGGCCAGAGCGUCACCGUCUGGGAGCUGCUCUUCUCCCGCUACGUGCCCGAGCACCGGCGCCAGGACCUCCUGCGCCAGUACAAGGCGGGCACGGUCACCAUUGCAGAGAUGAUCGAGCUCCUCACGGCCAUUGUCACCAGGGCCGUGGCCCAGGCCCAGGGCGCCAGCGGGGCCCCCACGUCCCCAGCCAGGGAGGCCCUGCCCAAAGCCCUUGAGAACGGCAGUGCCUCCAAGUCCCAGCAGGAACGGGAAGAGAAGCGGGACCAGGAGCGGGCCCGGGACCAGGAGCGGGCCCUGGAGCAGGAGCUGGAGCGCUCCCUCAAGUCCCACACGGUGGAGGUGGCGGCAGGCGGCUUCCACGGCAGGAAGGUGUCCCUGUGGGAGCUGCUCUUCUCCAAGUUUGUGUCCGAGGCCAAGCGUGGGGAGCUGCUGGGGCAGCUGCGGGCCGGGAGCCUGGCGCUGCCCGAGCUGGCCACGCUGCUGAGCCUGCUGGUGGAGGAGGCGGCGCAGCGCAGCAGCAGCGUGAAAUUCGCGGGCCUGAGGAGGCAGGUGAGCGCCUCGGACCUGCUGGACUCGGGCAUCAUCGACACGGGCACGCUGGCCGAGCUGGUGCAGGGCGCCAGGACGGUGCAGGAGGUGACGCAGAUGGCCUCGGUCAAGCGCUACCUGGACGGCACGGGCGUCAUCGCCGGCGUGCUGGUUCCCUCCAAGGCCGAGCCCGGCAAGCUGGAGAAGAUGAGCAUCUACCAGGCCAUGUGGAAGGGCAUCCUGAGGCAGGGCACGGCGCUGGUGCUGCUGGAGGCGCAGGCGGCCACCGGCUUCCUGGUGGACCCGGUGAAGAACCAGAAGCUCUCUGUGGACGAGGCGGUGUCCUGCGGGCUGGUGGGCACUGAGCUGCAGGAGAAGCUGCUGUCGGCCGAGCGGGCCGUGACGGGCUACUCGGAUCCCUACACGGGCGACAAGAUCUCCCUGUUCCAGGCCAUGAAGAAGGAGCUGAUCGUCAGGGACCACGGCAUCCGCCUGCUGGAGGCCCAGAUCGCCACCGGCGGCAUCAUCGACCCCGUGCACAGCCACCGCCUGCCCGUGGAGGUGGCCUACAAGCGCGGCUACUUCGACCAGGAGAUGAACCAGAUCCUGUCCGACCCCGGCGACGACACCAAGGGCUUCUUCGACCCCAACACGCACGAGAACCUGACCUACCUGCAGCUGCUGCGGCGCUGCGUGCCCGACCCCGAGACGGGGCUGCUGAUGCUGCAGCUGAUGGACAAGGGCUCCGUGCUCUACCAGCUGAGCGAGGACGCCCGCAGAGCCCUGCAGGCCGCCCGCACCACGCUGGCCGUGGGGCUCUUCCAGGGCCAGAGCGUCACCGUCUGGGAGCUGCUCUUCUCCCGCUACGUCCCCGAGCACCGGCGCCAGGACCUCCUGCGCCAGUACAAGGCGGGCACGGUCACCAUUGCAGAGAUGAUCGAGCUCCUCACGGCCAUUGUCACCAGGGCCGAGGCCCAGGCCCAGGGUGCCAGCGGGGCCCCCACGUCCCCAGCCAGGGAGGCCCUGCCCAAAGCCCUUGAGAACGGCAGUGCCUCCAAGUCCCAGCAGGAACGGGAAGAGAAGCGGGACCAGGAGCGGGCCCUGGAGCAGGAGCUGGAGCGCUCCCUCAAGUCCCACACGGUGGAGGUGGCGGCAGGCGGCUUCCACGGCAGGAAGGUGUCCCUGUGGGAGCUGCUCUUCUCCAAGUUUGUGUCCGAGGCCAAGCGUGGGGAGCUGCUGGGGCAGCUGCGGGCCGGGAGCCUGGCGCUGCCCGAGCUGGCCACGCUGCUGAGCCUGCUGGUGGAGGAGGCGGCGCAGCGCAGCCGCAGCGUGAAAUUUGCGGGCCUGAGGAGGCAGGUGAGCGCCUCGGACCUGCUGGACUCGGGCAUCAUCGACACGGGCACGCUGGCCGAGCUGGUGCAGGGCGCCAGGACGGUGCAGGAGGUGACGCAGAUGGCCUCGGUCAAGCGCUACCUGGACGGCACGGGCGUCAUCGCCGGCGUGCUGGUGCCCUCCAAGGCCGACCCAGGAAAGCUGGAGAAGAUGAGCAUCUACCAGGCCAUGUGGAAGGGCAUCCUGAGGCAGGGCACGGCGCUGGUGCUGCUGGAGGCGCAGGCGGCCACCGGCUUCCUGGUGGACCCGGUGAAGAACCAGAAGCUCUCUGUGGACCAGGCGGUGUCCUGCGGGCUGGUGGGCACCGAGCUGCAGGAGAAGCUGCUGUCGGCCGAGCGGGCCGUGACGGGCUACUCGGACCCCUACACGGGCGACAAAAUUUCCCUGUUCCAGGCCAUGAAGAAGGAGCUGAUCGUCAGGGACCACGGCAUCCGCCUGCUGGAGGCCCAGAUCGCCACCGGCGGCAUCAUCGACCCCGUGCACAGCCACCGCCUGCCCGUGGAGGUGGCCUACAAGCGCGGCUACUUCGACCAGGAGAUGAACCAGGUCCUGUCCGACCCCGGCGACGACACCAAGGGCUUCUUCGACCCCAACACGCACGAGAACCUGACCUACCUGCAGCUGCUGCGGCGCUGCGUGCCCGACCCGGAGACAGGGCUUUAUUUCCUUAAUAUUUUAAAGAAAUAAUUGUAAAAGAUUUUGAUUUUUUUCAUUGUUUUUCCUCGGGGAAGAAUGGUUCUAUUGUGGAUGCCUCUUU